AUGGCCUACCCCAGCACCAGCAUCAGGUUCACAGGACAUGGCAACCAGGGGCCGCAGCCUUCGUGUUUCGUGCCGUUCCGCUCCGACCCUGAUUUUGUCGAUCGUGGAACGCUACUUGACCGGCUACGCGAGCGAUGCGCUGCGCCAGCAUCCCGUGUUGCGCUGGUGGGCCUCGGCGGGGUGGGCGGCGGCCGCGCGAGCACCAGCACCCGCACCAGCGGCCUCCAGCGGCACUUAUCCGAGUAUCUGCCUCCGAGCAGGCACGGUUCAGUCCUUGUGACGAGCCGGACAAGGCGCGCGGCGAUGCAGAUCGUGGAAGACAGCGACAUUAUGCUGAUCGAGCCGAUGCACGAUGCAGCUGCACACGCGCUUCUAUACAAGAAGCUCGGAGACAAGGUGGACAGAGGCGGCGGCAUUGCCGAGUUAGCGGCUGCCCUGGAGUACAUGCCGCUCGCUCUCGUGCAGGCGGCGGCAUACAUUCGCGAGCGAGCACCGCGAUCCUCAGUGCGGCAGUACCUGGCGGAGUACCGUGAGAGUGACAGCAGAAAGACGAGCCUGCUCAAUCAAGCAGCCGGCCACCUCCGCCGUGAUAAGGCAGCCAGCAACUCAGUCCUUCUCACGUGGCAGAUCUCGUUCGACCACAUAAGCAGCAGCCGGAGAUCAGCAGCAGAUCUGCUGUCGCUGAUGAGCUUCUUCGACCGACAGGGGAUUCAAGAAGCGCUGCUCCGCAACCCCAGCGGUAUAACAGACGACGACAAUUUCGAGGAUGAUGUUCUUGUACUGCGCGACUACUCCUUCAUCACGGUUACAGAGGCGAACACGUUUGAGAUGCACAAUCUAGUACAGCUUGCUACACGCACGUGGCUAGGAAACCAGGGUCAACUUGACAGGUGGCGGGAGCAGUUUAUUUCCAACCUUUGCGCAGACAUGCCUACGGGACAACACGAGAACUGGCAGAAAUGCCAGGUGUUGUUCCCGCAUGCGAGAGCAGCAUUAACACAACGGCCUCAGGGUAAGGACUCACUUAAGGAGUGGGCUCUGUUACUUUAUAAGGCCGCAUGGUACGCAUGGGAACGAGGAAAUGCAGACGAGGCAGAAAACAUGUCGACGGUGUCAAUGGAGGUUAGGCAGGAGGUGUUUGGGGAAGAGAAUGUGGAGACGCUAGGCAGCAUGCAUAUAAUCGGGCUAGCAAGGGAGCUUGGAGGCAAGUACAAGGAGGCAGAGGCGAUGAAUAGGCAGACGCUGGCGCUGUACCAGACGGUGCUUGGUCGUAAGCAUCCAGACACGCUAUCAAGCAUGAGUAACUUGGCGGGAUUGUGUUGCUACCACGAGUCUCUUGCCCUGUACGAAAGAGCAUGCGCUGGGUAUCACAUUGUCUUUGGGGAGGAUCACCCAACCACUCGUACGUGUCGCCAACAUUAUGCUACGGCUAGAAUGGAUGCAACAAAAAACCAGUGUACACCCACACUCGCUCCAGCAACACCAGAUAGCAAUGUAGGUGUAGAUAUAAGGAAGGUGUCAAAGCUCUCACGUGGGCUGGCGAAACUUGGUAUAAGAAGUUCAAAGACAUCCUUAAAAUAA